AUGCAGAAUCAAGCCACAGAAUGGUAUCCUCCACCAGAGACAGCGGCGGAGGAGUGGGUGGCGAGGGUGGCGGCUGGAAGUGCGGUGGUGAUAUUCAGCAAAAGUACAUGCAGUAUGUGCCAUGCAGUGAAGGUACUUUUUUAUGGAAUGGGAGUAAAUCCAAGAGUCUAUGAAGUUGAUGAAGAUCCAAGAAGUGAAGAAAUUGAGAGGGCACUGAGUUCUUCAACUGGUACUGCUGUUCCAGUAGUGUUCAUUGGAGGGAAAUUUGUUGGUUCAAUGGAUAGAGUUAUAACUUUUCAUAUUAAUGGCACACUGGUUCCACUUCUCAAGAAUGCUGGAGCUCUCUGGCUUUGA